AAAUCUGCCACCAGCAGCUUGCAGACCUCUGCACGGCGCCGCAGAGCCAGGGAAGGAGGGGUUGACCAUUUCGCAACUGGAAAAGGAAGCCGAGCAUUUAGGUGUCUUAACCAUGGACUAAAGUGCUAACAAGGGAUUAGUGAGGUAAACGUUGAAAGAGGUUUAGCUCUCCACGCUUAGGACCAGUGCUGCUUCAGUAAUUACACAUCAGUUGCAAGGUGCAGCGAGUGGUUGGAGGGGAGAUCACUGUGAUGUCAGGGCAGGGAGGGCUUACCGCAGGAGAUAAGGCCGGCUAAUGAAGAUGAAAAGAAUCGGUAUUUAAAAGGUCUUUUUUAGUUAAGGUACUUGGCUGGCAGCAGACAGAAAACAAGCCCGUUAGCAGGUUGGCAGGAUGCUGAGCGCCUGGACGUGAAGAGAGUCAGCAGAGGAACAGGUCAGACCCAGAGGAGCUGUCGGGUUUCACCCCAUUUCAUCUUCUUCUGCCGUUUUAACUUGACUUUGGAAGAAAUCUGCAGAGGUUCUGCUCACAGUAAAGCGGUUUCAGACAGGCCGUGACCUGACUCAUGACCCCCCAGCAGAUGAGGAAGAUGACGGCGCUGGGAGAGCAGGGGACUCUUGAUGAGAAGCACUGGUAUCGACUGGUGAAUGGCAUGUCCGCUGGAGAGCUGAGGCAGAGGCAGGAGAUGAUCAUGAGGAACCAGAUGGCCAUGGCUCCACAGAUCCUCACGCAGGGACAGCAGAGGCUGCAGGGGGUCCCGGCACAGUUUGAACCUCGCUUCAUGGAGAGAGAGUUGGUUCCUCCCAAUGAGAUGGUAGCUUCUGAAGCCAGGCAGAUGCACAUGGGGCCUCAUCUUGGACCACCUCUUACCCCUCAUGCCAAUGUCCUGCCUGGAAGGGCGUUUCCUGGCCCAGCUGGAUACGGCUUCCUGCCCUCAGAACCCAUGGAGACGGUUGCCCGGCGACAGGAACUCAUUCACAAGCAGAACAUAGCCAGAAUGGAGAUGAACGCCAUCCUGCACCAGAAGGAGCUGGAGAACGCCCACCAGAAAGGACUGAUGGGCAUGGACGGUCCCAUGUCGUACCCCUCCAACCCCCUGAUGUUCAGAGGGCGGCAGCGCAUGCCGGACGGUCACGACGUCUUCGUCCAUCGCCCCUCUCUGGAUGAACUUCAUUCCAACAGCAUUCUAAUGUCAGCAAGUCCCUACCCGCCAAUCAGCACCCUCCACAGAGAGAGGGGAAGGAGGGCGGGAAGGAGGCCGACCAUUCACAAGACCGCAGAGAGCCACGUGUCCAACCUGAAGGGCCAAACCGAAGAUAAAAGCGUGGAGCAAAGCCCAGAAGCCACCUCGGGGGAGGAGAAGGAGAUGGAGGUGAAGGGGGACACAGGAGAGGAGUGCACCAAGACACACCAAGAGGCCAAAAUAGACCCUGAGCUUCCCACAGGGAGCAGGAAGAAAUACAAAGAGGGGGAGGCGGCUCUGCGGAAGACCUGCCCCGCCUCUCAGGACGGCUGCGCAGACGUGGCCAAUGGAAGUGGGAGUGAGAAAGACAUCUCCAGCCAAUGCUCUGCUUUCCAAGAGAAGUUCAUGUAUCCCUCAGCUGGGAUGCCUUACAUGUUCCCAGUCCCUGGAAAUGGUUUCUUACCACCAGGUCCACCAAAUCUCUUCCUCAACGGUGAUGAAGCUCCUGAGGACAUACGGAAGUGGACGGUUAAUGACGUCUACAACUUUGUCAACGGCAUUCCCACCUGUUCAGAGUACGCCCAGGCAUUCAAGGACCACAUGAUUGACGGGGAGACCCUGCCACUGCUUUCAGAGGAGCACCUGCUGGACACUCUGGGGCUCAAACUGGGACCAGCUCUGAAGAUCCGCUCUCAGGUCUCUAAGCGCAUGGGUAGCAUGUUGUACAUGAUGAACCUGCCACUCCCCGCCGCCGCCCUGCGGCCCCCCACGGAGAAGCCCGGGGACCGCACCCCAGACAUCGGCUCCCCGGUCAACUGCAACAGCGAGGACAUGAUGGCCUCUCCAAGAGACUCUGAUGUCCUCAAGUCCAUGGAGCAUCUCCACGAAGCAGAAAACACCUCCCCUCCUUCAGCCAGCAGCGAGAACACCUAGUCAUCAGCCGGAGCGCAGACAGAACCGAACUGAACCAAGUUCUGUCCAAACCCUCACACAGGAGGAGUGGCAGCUGCUCACUUCAUUCAUGGUAUUUGUUGGAGAAGCCCGUCAGUCACAGCCCAAACUGCAACAGAGUCCUGCCUUCCCAGUGCAUCCAGUCUGGUUUUAUUGGUGGUUUAUUGGUUGAUAUUGUGAAAGUGGGUCAUUCAAUCAGGCAGUACAGGAACUUCAUAUCCGGUGUACUCAGCACCAAGAACGUCAGUGUUAACUGAAAGACAGAACUGAGACACCAUCAUUUUCUGGUGAUAUUAGCUUGUAAGCAAAUGAUCGUUACUGGAAUCCAACAUCCCCCCCUGUUUAUCAUUUCAAACACGUCACACGUAAAAACGGAUAAAUGGAAGGUACAAACAUGAAGCAUGGUUAUAUAAUCAUAAGAACAAGGCAUCAAACAUCUUAAUUUCACCAAUUGCUUUUGACAUUUUCUGUGAAAGAUUCAUACAAAGAUUCACACAAUGCCAACGCAAUGCCUCAGAUUGUUAAACCAACUGGUAACAGAUGAAUGGCUGUGUGGUGGCGCUUGUUAUUGUGGACAUGACACAAGCAGGGCACGUGUUUUAAAAAGACAAACAGGCACAAAACGGGGAGUAUGGGCGAUGCCACCAGAUGUACCAGAUCUGGACCAGAUGUAAACCAGAACCAGAUGUCAUUAUUGGGCCUGGCACCAGGAGUUGCAGACGUCACGUAAACUUGCAGCUCCGUUAGGUUGUGCGAUGCAGUAGCAAUGUCCUCUCCGUCGCUGGUGUCAUCCGGGAUGAAAGUGCUCGGUUAGAGAUGGUUUCAUGCUUUUAGGUCCACAUUCUACCAAGCCAGCUAUUUUUGACACGCUUGAAUACGUAUUUUUUAUUACUUAAGAAGAUAAACUGAUGGAUUAUAGGUUGUGUGACAUUUUAAAGCUUUUUCAAUUUUCUUUUGUCUUUUUUAUUUGACAACUUGUUUUAACAGUAGUUUUCUGUCAUUUAUAACCCCUUCAUGCCAACCUUUACAUCCAGUUAUAUAAGGAUUUUUAUUUCUGUUCAAGGUGAUGCUAAAUUAAGCGGAGGCCUGGAUUAAACAGUAUGUUUGCGAAUUAACCAUACGCAGUGUGAAGCGGUUACAAAAUGACUUCAUUUUGUUACAAAAAGGGUAAAGAUGUUAAUAAUAAGAGUUUGACUUUUGAAAAAGACAACAUGUAAUUAUAAUAAAGCUUUUCAGUAAUGA